AUAUUUAUUCGAAAUUUCUGCAGGUCCUCACCUCAUUCAGUGUUUCUCAAUUGCCUGGAAAAAUGUCAGUCGUGCUUCAUCCAACUACGUCUUCGUGUGUGAGCUCUCAUAGAGGAGUUGUUCAACCUUCUCUCAGUUGUACGAGUAAAGUUUUCAUAGGAUUGAAACUACAAUCUGCAAGUCCCUUUGGAACUUUUAAACCGAACCUGACUGUUGAAUUCCAUGAAAAGGUUCAUAAGAGCGUUCAUUCCAGGACUAGUAACAAGAAACCAACAAAAGCACGUUUUGGAAUGAUGCCCAUAGGUACACCAAGAGUGCCUUAUCGAACUCCUGGAGAAGGAACGUGGCAGUGGGUUGAUUUGUGGAAUGCUCUUUACAGAGAACGUGUUAUCUUUAUUGGGCAACAUAUAGAUGAAGAGUUCAGCAACCAAGUAUUGGCAACAAUGCUUUACCUUGACAGCGUUGAUUCUUCCAAAAAGAUUUAUUUGUAUAUCAAUGGUCCAGGUGGAGAUCUUACUCCAAGCAUGGCAAUAUAUGACACCAUGCAGAGUUUGAAAAGUGCCGUUUGCACCCAUUGUGUGGGUUAUGCUUACAGUCUUGCAGGAUUUCUUCUUGCAGCUGGAGAAAAGGGUAACCGUGUAGCGAUGCCACUUUCAAGAAUUGCAUUGCAAUCUCCAGCUGGGGCAGCACGUGGCCAGGCUGAUGACAUUCGUAAUGAAGCAAAUGAGCUUCUUAGAAUCAGAGAUUACCUUUUCGGAGAGUUGGCUAAGAAGACAGGCCAGCCUGUGGAAAAGAUCAACAAGGACUUGAGUCGAAUGAAGCGGUUCAAUGCUCAAGAAGCUCUUGAGUAUGGGCUCAUUGAUCGUAUAAUCAGGCCUCCACGUAUUAAGGCUGAUGCUCCACGAAAGGACGAAGGAACUGGUCUUGGUUAAUGGAUUAGUGUUUCCCAUACAAACUGGCAUGGUCCAUAGCAGUUCUGAAUGUCCAUGAUUCAUUAUUCCAAUGGUUAUUUAUCUAUUUUGAA